AUGCUUGCAUGGUGGCUCGGGGGAAGAAGGCCUAAAAAUGAGCGCUAUCUCGAUGAGCCGCAAGUAGAUGCACCCGAAACUCCAGCACCGGUUUUUGCAGCUCGUGCUCUCAAAAGUGCACUGUUUGGUAGUCCAGGCUCUCCUACGGACCUCGAUACCAAUCUGGAUUGUAAACCAACCUCUUUUCAUGAUUCUCCUUGCAUCAACAACUUUCCGGCGCGAAACAAUCCCGAGUCAAAGCUUCCUGGUAUACUAGUAACACCUGGUGUCUCUAACCCAAAAAGAAAAACAGUCACUUUUGGUAGUGAUGUAAGAGUAAAUGAGAUAGAUGCUAGAAAACAUAACUCAAAAACAAGCAAUAGAAAUCAGUCACUGGGGGAAUCGCCAAACGUCCCUUUAUCUCCCAAAUUUAAUUCAAAUCAAAGCGAACUCAUUAAACCAUCAUCCACCGAUUUGGAUGAUGCGGCUAAUCAGGAUUUCAGACAAGGAGCUGAGGAGCUAACUCACAUCGAACCAAUACCUCUCUCAAGUCUUAGUCCAGAAGAGACAAAUAAUCCCUUUUUCGGACCGAGAUUGAAAGAUGACAAGAGACAGGAUAAAAUUUUGUCUCAGCGAUCUACUCAACACACCUCUCCCGAACACGCCCUAGAAGGUGAUAUGACAAUUGAUCUUAAUAAUCCGCACUCACAAUCUGGCAAGUAUUGGAAAUCAGAAUUCGAAACUUACCAUCAGGAAGCUAAAUCAGAAAUGAGAAAACUCCUCGCCUACAAAGAGCUAGCCAAAUCAUACGCGAAGAAAAAGGAUAUACAAUCAGUUAAUCUAGCUGAAAAGCUCAGAGAAGAGCAAAAAAAGGUUCUUAUCAUGGAAGAAAAGAUUUCUAGGCUUUCAGCCAUGAUAGCCACUGCUGAUAGGGAACGAGACAGUAAUGGGUCCCCUGAAUUAAUAGAAGAGUUAACUCGACAAGCUGCCAGCGCUAUACAAUACAAAAAGCAAGUCGAAGAAUUUCGAAAAUUGGUGGAAAAUAUAGAUUCUAGCUCUGAUGAAGCGAAAGAACAUCAAAGCAACCACACAAAGCCAGAAAAUUCAAACGAAAACGAAUCCACUGUCUUGAUCACAAAAAUGGGUAGAGAAAUAAAGAAUCUCAAGAAGCAGUUGGAAAAAAUGACUUUACUCCAAAAUGAGAACAAAAUAUUGCAUGGAAAAAUACUAGAGAAAGAUGAGAAGAUUGCCAGAUUGAAGUUACAAAACGCAUCUGUGAAACGGGAAGUGUCAAAUUCAAACCCGAGAUCGGUAGAUGACUCGAUGAGGAGAUCAAAUGAUUUGUCUAGUUGUCAAAAAUAUGAGAACCCUCGUCAGCGUGAGUUUGAAAGUUUAAAAAAAAAUACGACAAAUACAGCAGAUUUUGCCAAAGUCAACUCUGGGGAUUCUCAAUCACGCCAUGGAGAAUCUCAUGCUCAAGUUCAAUCCCUCAGUGUAAAGAAGACGGAACUGGGCUCAUAUUCGCAUCAUGAAACGCUGAAUAAUUUAACCCACCGAUAUGCCUCUCACUCAUCAGUAGGAAAUGAAAAUCAUAUAAAUACAGAUAGCUUCCCAACACAGACACACAGACGAAUACAACAUACGCCUCUAUCGAAUAAAAGUAAUCUAGUCAACGCUUUAUCCUGCUCUCCAGGUUCGCGCUUCUGUUCAUCAGCAAUCAACCUUCCUUACAUGGAGUCUAACGCAGCAAAAUUUAAACAAGAGGACUUAAUCGUAGAUGAUGAAUCGAAAUAUCAAUCAAACCGUGGGUAUAUCUCAUCCAAAUUGGAACCAAAUACUCCUAUUUCUACCAUAACCAGGAGUAGAAGCAAUAAGGAUACAGACCAUGCAAGGAUUCUUUCUGGUAGAACAAGAGUUACUCGUGCCAAAAGCUCAAGGGUAGAACUACCUCCAGAUAGAUUUAAGGCAGCAUCCAAGAGAUUAGCCGCCAAAAAAAUGCAGUCUGCUUGCAAAAAUCAAGAAGGCUACAGCAACUCAGCUCACACCAAUGUAUUUGUGUGA